UACGUCACCAAAAUCAGCUGUUUCAUGAUGACGGCCGACUGCUGGAUCGCAACGAAAUAGUUUUCUCCUUCGAUUAAUAAAAAAAUAUAAUGAAUUAAUAAAACUUGUAUAUAAAGUAGUGAUAAAAUUCGAAAAUUUGACAAUUAUGGCUACGAGAAAUUUAACAGAACCUUUUAUUUUAAUGAGAAAUAAUGCUCUCCAAAGCAAACAUAUUUAUGCUGAGCAGAAUUUAUCGGAUAGGACAGCUUUAGUUAGUUCAGAUUCCAUUCCUGCGGAUAAUGUUGAACUUAGAAAUAUAAAUUUGAGUGAUUCAACACCUCCAGUAUGGGCAGAUGCAUUAGAAGAAACACAAUAUAUUCUUAGUAGAUUAAGAAUAAAAAUAGAUAGUUUAAUGGAAUUGCAUGCUAAACAAUUAACUAGACCAACUUUAGAUGAUACAUCACAGGAAGAGAGGCAAAUGGAACAACUAUCUCGAGAAAUAGGACGUGCAUUUGCCAAUGGUUAUCGUCAAGUACAAACCAUAAAAACAGCUGCAAGACACGAAACAAAACCUGCUCAACGACAACUUGCAGUAAAUGCAGUAUUAGCACUUUCUUCUGCCUUGCAAGAUUUGGGAAUACGUUAUAGAUCAGCUCAAAAUCAUUAUUUAACACAGAUUAAAUCAAGGGAAGAAAGAAGUAAUCAAUUUUUUAGCGAAGAUCAAUCUUUUUUAAACAAUAUGGCAUCUGCUUCUUGGUUAAUGGAAUCUAAUGAUGCUAAAACUAAUUACUGGGAAGAAGAUGAACAACGGCAAGAAUCUGUUCUCUUACAAUUAGAAGAUCCAGAAGAAAGGUUAAAAGUAGCUGUAGAAAGAGAACAACAAAUUGGAAGUAUAGUCCAAAGUAUUGCAGACCUAAAGUAUAUAUUUAAGGAUCUAGCAAAUAUGGUACAGGACCAAGGAACUGUUUUAGAUCGGAUUGAUUACAAUAUUGAACAGACACAAGUACAAGUAUCUGAAGGUUACAAACAAUUAAAAAAAGCUGAUUCCUAUCAAAGAGCUAAUAGAAAACUUUAUUGCAUAGUAAUUUUAGCAGCUGCUAUUAUUUUACUUUGUUUCUUAUUUCUCUUAUUAAAGACAUAAAGUACAGUGUUCACACACAUAUGGAUCUUCAUUAGUCUUCAAUAAGUCAUUGUUAUUUAUUAAUAUGUUUUCCAAUUUAAUUGCUUAUAUGUAAAAAAUAUGUAAAAAUAGUGAAAGCGUUACAUUUUCAUAAAAAGAAAUAUUCACCAUAGAAUUGAAAGAAUAUUUUUUAACACAGUAUUUAUAAACUUACAUAUAACAGUUAUUAAAAAAUAAUGAAUUACAGAAGAAUAAUGCAAACUGUGAAUAUUGAUGAUAAUGCUUACAAUGGCCUUUAAAAAAAUAUUAAUGUAUUCCACAUUAUAUCAAUAUAUUUUCAUUCAAUACAUAAAUGUCAGAAAUGUAUGAGAAUGACAUAAAUUUUAUAUGUAUAACAGAACUAGAAAUAAUGUUUUGGAAUUAUAAUAAUUCAGCCCUACAUAUAAUUAUAUUUCCAUCUUGAAUAUUUAAAUAAUUUUACUAUGUUACUGUCAUUCCAUAAAGUAUACAAUU